CAGAACUUUAUUGGGCCACAAAUUCCAGGUCUAGAUCAGGAUUCCUGGUCUGGGCUCGUCACAAACAAAGAGAAACCAAGAUCCGCUCCAACAACCGUUUUUUUAUGAGUGCAGUGCUACAGCAACACCCCACCUGAGGAGAGCAAACACAGGUGGAUACAAAGUGACAGGAGACACACAGGGGAGCUGACAUGACGAGGUAAACAGGAUUAAUCAACCGCUCUGUAGUACAGGAAAAACACCGGAAGGCAGACAGGUGACUUUCUCAGGUGCUGGUUCUGGCCCAGAGGACAUCAGCAGAGAUGACUUCUCCAUUUUCCCCGGUUCCAAAGCCUCGAGCUCGCUUGACGAGGGGCAGUCAGAGCUCCAUCACCUCUCUGGAAAGAUGCAACGGCUUUGAAAACAUGGCUCCAGACGCACUUCAGCUGAACACAGGUAAUGAUGCCCCUUCUCUUCCUGUCUCGUCUGGACUGAACCAUGGAGUCUUACCCUCUUUGAAAGGCACAGCUGACAUCUCUGUCAACAGCGUCCCAUCUCAACCAGCGGUUGCCGAUCCCAUCCCAACUCCUUCAGCCCCCCCACCCAUUGACUUCUUGGCUAACAUCAUCUCCACGCAGAUACCUGUAUUAUCAAGUGAUGCCAAUGCAGUGGCAAAUCCCUCUGCAGCUGCAUUUUGCUCCGCCCCUUCUACAUCUGCACCUGCCAUGAAUCUGGAAAGCAUUUUCACUUCGUUCGCUAACAUUCCUGGUUUUUCAGGGAUUGUUAGUAGUGUUGCUAAUCCAGUGAAUAACUCCUCACCAUCAGCCCCACCCCUUGUUUCCAAUGGAUGUGGAUCACCUCUGAAUGAACCCAGCAACAACCACACAGAUGUCGAAGCGCUGUCACAGCUAGUGAUCUCAUCUCUUGAUCCAAUCAACGGAGUUAAGUUACCACCUAUAGAGAGCCCUCCUGAAACCAGGGAUGCAGCUAAAGAAGAAAAUCCAUACGUCACCGUGCUGUCCAGCUGGACCAAUCAGGAGGAUGGAGACACAGAGUCGUCCAUUGAAGAGGAGCUUCCAGUUGCAACAGCCAGUUCUGACCAACCAGCAGAUAACAGAGCGUCAUCAAACCAUGUGCCUUUGAUCCCGGCCCGACCAGCACCGCCUCGACCUGCAGACAAAAAGCCACAGGCUGCAAAGCAGCAGAUCCCGAGGAAAGCCACCAUACGUGUUUCUAGGAAAAAGGGAGGACGCAGUCCUCCAGCUCCUCAAAGCACUGUGGUCCGGAACAGCUGGUUGGAUGUCUGGAAAGGUUUCAGGCAUAACGUCUACUGGGUUACCAUGGAUGGACAGCUCAUGUCAAUGUGGAAGAAGCGCUCUGACCGUUUCAGUGAGAUCCUGUUCCAUGUCUCCAGUAUCACUAAUGUGAAAAAGCUGGACAAAGGUAGAUUCUCUGUGUACUUCAAGAAGAAACGUUACGACUUCUUGGCUCACAACGAUGAUGUUCAGGAAGGAUGGGUCACAUCUCUGCUGGCAACUCGAGGGCAGCCAAGCCCCACCCCUCCGGAGGUGCAUGGACAAAUCACCAUCAAGGAAACACGGAGUCGUGCAUAUGCUGCAGUCUUUGGAUAUGACAUGUGGAUUUAUACCAACAAGGACAACUUCCAGCUGGGCAUUGCCUCCUUCAUUGUCCCCCUGACUGUAGCAUGUGUCAAGCCCACAGGAAAACAAUCCUUCAUUCUCACCGUUCCACAAAAGACAUUAAACUUGACGGUUGAGUCGAACAAGGACCUGACCACCUGGCUGAACUGCCUGGAAGCAGCCAUCUGCAGUGCCCUGUCUUGCAGCCAGGUAGCACUGCGUCUAAGAGAAAACCCCCACAACAAGGUGUGUGCUGACUGUGGUGAAGCCAAUCCAGACUGGGCAUCGGUUAACCUGCUGCUGAGCAUCUGUAAGAGCUGUGCAGAUCACCAUCGAAAUCUGAGUAGCAACCUGUCCAAGGUGCGUAGUAUGUUAGACACCAAGAUCUGGACUGAACCAAUCAUACAGCUGUUUGUUACCUAUGGGAACAAGUUGGCUAAUCAGGUGUGGGCUCCAGCUGUGCCUGCCGCCGAGCAGCUGCACCCCAAGUCUACAGAUGAAGAGAGGUCAAAAUUCAUACAGGACAAGUACAGCAGGGGGCGCUACAGACGAGUCCACCCUCUAUCAUCCAGUCGUGCCAUGAUGGAACAGCGGCUGUGUCAGGUGGUCUGCACCAGUGACCUGGAGGAGACCAUGUCUCUGAUCUGCUCAGGAGCAAAGGUGUGUCCAUCUGACCCACAAAGCCCCUCUCCCAUCAGUCUGGCUGAAAAAGCCAAUCAGGCAUUACAGAUGCAGUUUCUGCGUCUGAACGAAUACACAGAGGUCCCACAACACAGGCCCCAAGCAGCCCACAGAAGACUAGACUCCACCCCAACAGGUGAAGAAGAGGAGGAGCUUCAUGGUAAACUGGAAGAAGAUCGUUUCCUCUUCUCAUUGGAGAACAAUUCUGCAGCCUGUGAUGUUCUGGACCUGCGGGAGGUUCUGUCUGUCUUCCUCAAUAAUGGGUCCAAACACGGGUUUGACCUGGUGACACUGGAUGAUCAGCUGACCUGCGAGGCAAACAGCAGAGAGGAGAUGCUGGAACACCUGAUUUACAUUCUGAAGGUGAUUCUGCCAGCAGGUGUGUCUUAUGCUGAGGUGGGCACCGCUAUUGCUGUUUGUAAAGUCUGUGUGGUUGGAGUGGGCGGCAGUUCAAACCCCUCAGAUGCCUGGUUGUUGCUGUGGGAGGAUGGGGUCAGCAUUCACCCCAUCAACAAGCAGACACAGCAAGCUGUGAUGAUGGAACUAAGCAUGCUAAAUGUCUCAGGGUGGGAUCCAUCUGACAACAUUAUAACAAUGAAAAUCUCCGAAAGGAGUGUGUCACUGCGCUUUGAGGAGUCCUACAGCUGUCAGACAUGGUUCAGCUACAUGCAGAAAGCUCUAGCAAAUAGAAAUGCCAUCCAGCAGCAACCCCAAACCAAUCAGGGGAUAAAUACAGGUUUCCAAAGUUCUGUGUCCCCGGCCAUUGAGCGCUGCAUCUCCCACAUCACGACCUAUGGUCUAAAAGUGGAGGGUGUGUACCGCCGCUGUGGCCUAGCCACCAAGGUUAACAAGUUGGUUGAGGCACUGAAGACAUCACCAAACUCUGCCCCACUUGAAGGUGAUGAGCAGGGCGUGCUGGACGCUUGCUCCGCCCUUAAGAAGUACAUUCGUGACCAGGAUAGUAUUGUCCCCACCACACAGCGGCAGAGAUGGCUGCAAGCCGCAGGUAUGCAGCUGGCAAAUCCAGAUGAAAGCUGCCGGUUCAAGGAGUAUAGACGGUUACUACGACAACUGCCUGACAACAACAAAGCUACACUGAAUGCACUGUUUGGACACUUCUACAUGGUUCAGGUCUUCUCUCAGGAGAACAAGAUGUCUGCUUACAACCUGGCCGUGGUUCUGGCUCCAUCUCUGUUUCAGGUGAUGAAUCAGGACAUGAUUCAGCUCACCAAAGAGUUCAUCAUCCACCACACGCUGCUCUUCCUGACUCCAGAGAAGCAGAAGCCUGUGGAGGAGGAGGUGGAAGUGGAGAUCACCAUCCUCUGAUGAAUCUGAAGGAGUUUGACUUUUCAGACCAAACCGCAGGGGAGGUUUCGGUUCUCUGGAUUUGUUCUGACCCGGACAUUGAUCGUUGAAGCUCUCUCUGCCAUGUGGUGCCUCCUGCUGACCCUGGUGUGUCUGCUUUUAUUCUAGGGGGUUUGUUUUAUAGGACAGACACAGGAUCGUUGUAGUUUUUGUGUAUUCUGGUUUUGGAUCAGCAGAACUGAUUCUGUUUUAUCUGAACCAACCUGGGACCUCUUUACAGCUUUCAGUUUAUUAUCAGCACUUGCACAGAACUGAAGCUCAGAACUAAAGAAGGUCCUUCAUGAUCGCUUAACUCUAACCUUUUAUCAGAACCUACAAUAAUUCUUUAAUCAAGAACCCACUUUAAUUAAUUUGGGUUCCUUCAGUUUAAGAAUAUGAAGUUUUAUAUUUGUUGUAACCCAGUAAGUCCUAAUAAAAACCUAUUCCAGUUGAGAAUAGCUUUUUCCCAUCA